AUGAGCGAAACCGAAGCAACCGGCGUUACCGAUGAUUCGGCUUCAGCGACUGCAGUCGCUGCUGAUGCGACGGAGCAUAAAGCAAUCGGGGUGGUUGAUUCGGUGGAGGAGGCCAUAGGAGGAGCAGAGAAAUGGGUGGAUGAUUUCCAGCGGACGGUGAAGGAAUCGACGGAUUCCGCCAUUCGCUCUGCUCGUUCCCUCCGUGAAAACUCUACUUCUCAGUUCCGCUCUAUACAGGAUUUCAUUCCACAUGCUUUGACUCAGUAUAAGACCUAUGAGAACGCUUUCUUCAGUAAAGUAACAGAAGAAUUGACAUACGCAAAAGAGCAUCCGGCUGCUACUGCUGGGAUUGGUCUCGCUGCUGCUCUCGUUCUUAUGCGAGGCCCAAGAAGAUUCUUGCUUCGUAAUACACUGGGCCGAUUUCAGAGCGAAGAGGCACAAUUCUUGAGAGCUGAGAAGCAUGUCCAGGAGCUGAACAUGUCUGUAGACUUGAUGAAAAAGGAGAGCAAGAAGUUGCUUGAGAGGUCGGCUUUAGCAGAGAAGGAUAUGAAACGCGGUCUUUCUGAACUCAUGGACUCUGGAAACAAUAUACAUCGUCUUGCUAAGUCCGUCCACAAGGUUGAAUGCGAAGCUACAGAGAUCCAUGCCAUAUUUUGUCACUACUACAUCAGAUCUCAACUUACACAGACACUUGAAUUCGCUGUAGAUUUAAUGGACGGACUGCGGCAAAUUCCUGGGAGGGAAGCUAUCAAGCUUAGAGCCGAAGUGGCUUCCAUGACCUCGGUCUUGAGACAGAAGAGGAUUGCGUUGAACAAAAUAAUCAUGAGGAUGUCUGAGCUAGGAGUUCCCGUCUGA